UUGCUAUACGAGAGUUUACGUCUAAUUGUAGAUUCGCUUCGAAAGAAGCAGCUCUCCAAAGCUGAUGAGGCGGGCGACUUUGACCCGGCUGGGUCGGAGGAAGGGGCCUGCACCACAGAGGAGAAGGAGUCUUCCCUUGCGGCCUCUUCUUCCCUCUCUCUAAUUGGUGAUUCCACUCUUGGUGGUGGUGGAGGUGGAGUCCAUCACCACGUUCCCACCUCUUCCUACGUCAACGCCAGCACCGUUGUUGCGGCAGCACUGGCGGCUGCAGCAGCACAGCGUUCCGCUGCAAAGGCUACUUCUGCUACUGCGCCCCUUCCCGCCACAUCCACUGCUUCCGGUCCACCCGUCUCCUCGCACCACGACCACCAUUGUCAAAAGACAGAAGGGCGUUGGCGACCGGGUUCAUGGCUCCGACGUUCCUUUGUGUUGCUGUGGAGAAGGAGGGCGUCCCCGGCGUCUGCCACUGCGGCUGUGACUGCUUCUUGUGCUAAACCGCUUCUUCAGGAUGAUAUUAUGAGCAUCAUUGCUUACCAUCAAGCCAAAGCCAGCAAGCAAUGUCGUCCUCCGGGCGCUAACAUCCUUCUUCUUGGUGAAUGCGUUCUUGAGGGAGUGCUCACCGAGUGGCUGGGUCCUGGUGGACUAGGAGGCAGUGGCGGCGCUGGUGUCGGCGGUGGCGGCAGUGUCUGCACCCCUCCGCCCCCUUCUGCCUCUUCUACCUCCUCUGCUUUUUCUGUUCCCGGCCUCUUGGUGUUGCAGGACAAUCCCCAGUGGGCGAGAUCUCGACUCUUGCUCAUGCGCACGUCAGCUGGAUAUGUCCUAGAAGUCUACACACCCCCUGAGUUUCUCACUCUGGCCUUGAUUUAA